UGUUCGAGAUGCGACGCGCACCCGGGCGAAACUCAAACUCAAUAUAAUAUCAUUCAUGCAUUAAACCCUCUACGAUAACUUCACCAAGUCCAAUUCGAGAAGCAAUUCUGUCAUUUUGAAGCUUGUUGUUCAGCACGCCUCUGAGAACACUCUCUGCUUUGUUUACUUAUCCAGAUUGCAGCACGGCCCUGGGAAAUCGGUGACAAUGGCUACACCAGCGGGUUACAAGCCAUCGCCUCUCGGAUACGGUUCUCCUCGAAACUCCCCUUUCCGACGACCAGAAUCUCCCGCGUCACCCUCAUCAAUUAAAUAUACGACACCGACACCGUCGCCUUCAAAACCCACCGGCGUGCAUACACCUUCUAGAUUUGCUGCUACAGUAGAAUCGCCUACCAGCUCGGACGGAUUGACUCCUCGUGGAUACGGUCAAACAAACGAUAUGCCAUUCACACAAUCUCUCUCUUCUCCCGUACAUAUAUCGUCACGGACUCAAACGUCACUGCAUUCUGCGGCUCAGGGGAAUGCACUUUCUCAAUUACAACCGGCACAGCUCCGAGUACUAAGGGAUGUAUUCCAGAUCCUGGAUAGAGACAGCGAUGGUGUCGUAAAUAGGGAGGAUGUUGUAGACAUGCUCAAUCAGCUCGGACUGCCAUCCAGCCAAUCUGACGUCUCGCAAUUCUUCCCAUCAGCCGGUCCGCAAACGACGACCCUUGCGGUAUUCCUCAACUCGAUAGCUACGACACUGGCCGCGAUGUCGCCGAGCACAGAAUUACUAUCAGCGUUCUCCGCCUUUGACGACGACGAUAGCGGUCAAGUGGACUUCACCGAGCUGCGUGAUGCUCUGUUACACACGGCGCCGGAAUCAGGGGAGAGAGCAUUGACAGCAACCGAGGUGGACAAGAUCCUGCUCGGAUUCAGUGGAAGAAGAGCUUUCAGCAAGAGUAUGGCCGGCGGACUGAGCAAACGCGGUGAAGUAUUCAAGUAUCAAGAGUUCGUGAACUCCAUCGUAGGUGGUAAUGGAUCGUCAGAGCCGAGUUCUCAUGAGGCCUCUGAAGAGUGAAGUUGAAAAAACUUGAUGAGAAGACCUAAUUCUUGUACUAUGUGCCGGAGUAUGGGACGGAUCGGGGUAUUAGUCAGGGCUUCGUGAAUAGGCAUUUCUUGAGUGCUAGUGUUGUAAGGAGUUCUAGGCGGAUGAAUAUGGCUAUAACAGUUACUGCAAUAGGCUACGUUGCGUUUUUAAUACGAAGUGUUUUCGUAUUCGGGGGCCUACAAGGCACUAGAAUAGGGGGUUAGGGAUUCUAUUGAGACUAGACCUUGGGUUAAUGUAUUUCAGAGUGGUUGAGUUACCGGAAAUAAAAAUCGUUAGAUAUUAGAAAGUUGUACGUAGUCCACGCGAUUGGGGUUUUAUAAAGAAGUAUAUAUAAGUUGGACUUGAAAAUAUCGAAGGAAUGAGCGAGUAUAAAACCGUACUUAUCAUGGCCACGCUACCUAAGGAGCCCUAGACAGAGAGACCUUACUGAAUUUGGACCGGGGACAUGGUCUAUAGUUUGACAGGUUGCACUGUUGAACCAACAACUUACUACCAACUGCUAACUAACAAAUACCAAAUACCUGGGUGACACGAAACCAUUUCAUCCUUACCUAUAUUUGGUAGAUCAUGUGUUACGUGAG